GCCCGUUCCGUUAUUCUCUCUCUCUUUCUCUCUCUCUCCGCCGAUCCUACGUGAGUUACCGACGCUCGUUCAUCACCGGAUCCAAGCGGAAGAAAUACUCAGACAAUCAGGAAAUACCAUUCAAACUCUCCGCAGCGGCUUCUCUCCCUGUCACACCGAUUUUACCGCCUAGAAAACUUUUUGCGAUCUUAGGGGAGAGAUGAGGGUGGUACACAGCCUGACCGAACCGUAGAUCCACUAACGGAGCGUUUAAAACAGCGAAGAACAGCCUCAGGAUACCAUUAUUACCACCAUAAUCAUCAAAAUCACCAUCACGGUCCGGUUCGCGUUGACCGACUCCACCACACACUGAAAUGCUGGCGGGUCUGAGCGAGCUGUUCUGGCAGGAGCGUCUCUGGUUCCCCGAGGGUCUGGGAUGGGCUGAUCUGGAGGACCGGGACGGACGGGUCUACGCUAAAGCUCGCGACCUGUGGGUGGCGCUGCCCAUCGCUGUGCUGUUUCUGCUCAUACGACAGCUCUUCGAGAAAUAUGUUGCUACACCGCUGGCCUCUCUGCUGGGCCUGAAGGAAACGGUGAGACGGAGAGUUGCACACAAUCCAGCACUGGAGUCCUACUAUUGCAACACAAGCAAAAACCCCACACAGAGUUCAGUGGAGAAGCUGAGCAAGCAGACGGGAUGGACAGAGCGGCAGGUCCAGCGCUGGUUCAGACGCCGCAGAAAUCAAGACAGACCAAACCUGCUGAAGAAGUUCUGCGAGGCCAGCUGGAGAUUCGCCUUUUAUCUUCUGGCCUUCAUCGGUGGUCUUGCUGCAUUAAUAGAUAAACCCUGGUUAUAUGAUUUAGAAGAGAUGUGGAAAGGGUUUCCCACUCUGACACUCCUGCCGUCUCAGUACUGGUACUACAUGCUGGAACUGGCCUUUUACACCUCUCUCCUGUUCAGUGUGGCGUCGGACGUCAAGCGCAAGGACUUUAAAGAGCAGAUCAUCCAUCAUGUUGCCACCAUCCUGCUCAUCAGCUUCUCCUGGUGUGUGAACUACAUCCGAGCAGGAACGCUCAUCAUGUUCAUGCACGACUCAGCCGACUAUCUGCUGGAGUCAGCUAAGAUGUUUAACUACGCCCGAUGGAAGAACGCAUGCAACUACAUCUUCAUCCUGUUUGCUGCCAUCUUCAUCGUCACACGCCUCAUCAUCUUCCCUUUCCGGAUCAUGUACUGUACGUGGGUGUAUCCCGUGACGCUCUACCCUCCGUUCUUCGGAUAUUACUUCUUUAACGGUCUGCUGAUGGUUCUGCUGUGUCUGCACAUGUUCUGGGCUGCGCUGAUCAUACGCCUGGCCUUCCGCUUCCUCAGCAGCAAUUCAUCAGUAGAAGACGAGCGAUCUGAUCGAGAUGAGACGGACGAGUCUGAGGAGGAAGAAGAGUUGAAAAAUGGAGAGAUAAAGAAGAAGAACGGAGCAGCUCAGAACGGCCACGCCACAUACAACAACAACCACUCGAAAACAGAGUGACGUCCUGAGAAAAACACACUCACAGUCACUGAGAUCCGUCAUCUCCUGAGGCAGAGCACUGAGAGCUGAGCACAGUUCAUGAGCAGAGAAGGUGCUGUGUACACUACACACACACACUUACAUACAAACAUGCCUACACACAUAUAUGCAUACAUACAUACACACAUACAUACAUAUAUACAUACAUACUCACACACACACACACACACACACACACACACACACACACACAGACUCUCCUCUGUCUGCUGGAGAAACACGGCCUCUACUGACGUCCACUCUCAGGAGCAGAUCACCUGAAAUCAGCAGCAGCAUCAACACACCGGUGACGCCACUACAGGGAUUUACAGAUGAAUGAAACCACUCCAGCCCACAGAACAAACUAGCGCUGUUGCCGAAAACCAGCUCUGCAUCCAUUCUGAGCUUUACAAAAUCAGUCGCUGUUCUCUCUUGAAACCACUCGGAGGGUGUUUUUAACAGUAGUUGGUGCUCUAGACUAGUGUUUAACAGCAGACAACGCUCUAGGCUAGUUUUAACAGCAGACGGCGCUCUAGGCUAGUUUUAAACAGCAAAUGGUGCUUUAGGCUAGUUUUAAC